UUUAUUUUAUUUAUUAAUGAUUGUAAUUAAGACAGAAGAACUUAAUUAUCUUAUUUAUACAUACUUUUUAGAAUAAGGAUAUUCCCAUAGUGCUUUUGCAUUAAUAAAUGAAGUAAAAAUAGAUUAACAACUUUAUCGUGAUGAUGUAAAACCAGGUCAACUUAUUAAUUUAUUGGAAAAGUCUUUGUUAUUUUAACAAUUACAAGAUCAUAUUCAAAUCAAUUAAUAUUAUGAAUGCAAAGUGCCAUAAUUACUAAUACAAAAACAUGUUUGUUAAUUCACUGAAAAAAAACAAUUAGCUGAAAAACAAGAAAGAAGAGAUCGUGAAAUGAUGAUAUAAAAUGCAUUAAUGAGAAGUUAAGAGUUUGUAUCUCGCAAUGGACAAACUAUGGAUUUAAAUGUUGAAUUGUAAUAAGACAUAAUACAAUUACAAGAUGAAAUUUUAUUAAGUGAUUGGAAUGCAUAAAAAAAUAUUUUAGCAAUAUAUCAACCUAAUUGCAUAAAAUUCAUACAAAACAAUUAAAUUAUACAAAUUAUGCCUACAGUAGUUGGCGAAAGCUUUUCUAGAGUUAAAUUAAUGAAAUUUGAUAGAUCGAGCGGCAAUAAUAUGUUAAUUAUUUAUGAAAAUGGCGCUGCAAAAGUGAUAGACACAACAAUUUAAAUCAUUAAAAUGUUUAAUAUCAAAAAUGCAAUUAAAUUGUUAGAUUUUCAUUGGAAUCUUAAUUGGCCCAAUGUUGUUGCUUUGAUUUUUGAGAAAGAUAUCGAAGUAUGUAUUUAGAUAAAUAUUAUUUAAGAUUGUGGAUAUUUAUAAAUGUUAAACUUUAAAGUAUUUAGAAAAUGUAAUUCAUUUUGAAUGGAGACAUUUUGAUCACUUUAUUGUUAUGGAUUAGAAUUAUUAUAUAAACUUAAUGUAAAUUGAUCUUGAAAAACCAUAAUUAUAAUUAAAAGCAGAAUUAGAAACUACUUUAAUUGAAUUUAAUAAAAGGAAAACAUUAUUAGCCUCAUUUUCAAGCACACUUAAUAUUAUUAAAAUAUGGACAUUGUAAAAUGAUGAAUAUGUAUUUGAAAUAACAGAUGAUUAAAAAAUUUUAUAAUUUUGCUGGUGUUCAUCAUAAAAUGCUAAUUAUUUAAUCACUUUGACAUCUUAAACCCUUAAUAUUUGGGAUGUUGAAUUUGGAUAGAUAAAAUGUACUUAUGAAAUUGACUUUAAUGUAACUAAAAUGGUUUCUAUGGAUCUUUUAAAUGAUACUCCUUAAGUAAUAUUAAUUGGUGAAAAAGUUGUGCUGUAUGAUUUGAUAAACAAGAAGAGAAGAGUCUUCAAUUGUGAUACUCCUAAUAAAGUUAUGCGGAUAAGUGAUGAAGAAAUUCUUUUCAUAUAAAGGAGUAGUUACAUUGUUUACAAAAAAAAUUGA